GCUCCUCAACAAGCGGCGGCGAAACUUUAUUGGCAGAGGGGAGGGAGAACAGUCCGCCCGCCGGCGAGGGGAUGUCGGCGAACUACGCGGCGGGGCUGUCGCCUUAUUCGGACAAGGGCAAGUGCGGCCUCCCGGAGUUUUUUGACCCUCCGGACGAGCUGGACAGGAAAAUCACGCAGCUGGCCCACUUGAUCCGAGAUGCUUCCAACGUGGUUUUCCACACCGGGGCUGGCAUCAGUACGGCUUCAGGAAUCCCAGACUUCAGAGGCCCCAACGGUGUCUGGACCAUGGAGGAGCGGGGGCUGUCCCCCAAAUUCGACACCACUUUUGAGAAUGCACGGCCGUCCUUGACCCACAUGGCCCUCUUGGGGCUGCAGAGAGCGGGCGUCCUGCGCUUCCUGGUCAGCCAGAAUGUGGACGGUCUCCAUGUGCGCUCAGGAUUCCCCAGGGACAAGCUGGCAGAGUUGCACGGGAACAUGUUUGUGGAGGAAUGCAUGAAAUGCGGAAAGCAGUAUGUGAGGGACGCCGUGGUGGGGACCAUGGGCCUAAAGCCCACCGGCCGGCUGUGCGACGUCUCCAAGCGCAGAGGCCUUCGGUCCUGCAGAGGGAAGCUAAUGGACACCAUCUUGGACUGGGAAGAUUCCCUCCCUGAUCGGGACCUGAAUCUGGCAAGUGAAGCGAGCAGGAGAGCUGAUUUGUCCAUCACUCUGGGGACAUCUAUGCAAAUCAAGCCCAGCGGAGACCUCCCUCUGUUGACAAAGAAGAAAGGAGGCAAGCUGGUGAUUGUGAAUCUGCAGCCAACGAAGCACAAAGACUCAUUCUUGCUGGUAUCAUCUUAAUAUUUCCAAACAGAGGAAGGGUUUCAGUUUUUGGAAUAAUAAAUUUCCAGAGUAGUUUUUACAGUUAUAUCAAAAAAUUACUGAUUUGGUUAUACUAUUAGAAAUGCAUAGACCGAACCUAUACACCUCCCAUAACCCCCCUGAGAAGGGAAUCAAAAAAUUCCUAGCAGGACUGACCAUGCCUAACUUAACCGACGAGGAACAGGAAUUCAUGGACAGUCCUAUCACCCCUGAGGAAAUAGACACGGUCCUCAAAAACUUGAAACCACACAAAGCCCCGGGCCCAGAUGGCUUCACAGCAGAAUUCUAUAAAAAAUUCCAAGAACCUCUGAUGCCCUACAUGACACGCCUAUUUAAUGACAUCAUGAAAGGGGGGCCCAUUCCCAAAACCUGGACCCACUCCAAAAUAGUUUCCAUCCCAAAACCAUUGAAGGACAAGGACAAUCUCAAAGUAGAAUCAUGCCGCCCGAUCUCAUUAAUAAACCAAGACUACAAGAUAUUCACAAAAAUCCUGGCCAAUCGCCUAAAAUUUUUCUUAGGCAAGUUAAUAGCCCCAGAUCAGACCGGCUUUGUCCCUGGUCGCAAUAUUACAGACCCCAUCAGGAAACUACUGAACCUAAUCGAACACAACAAGGCAACUAAACUCCCACUGACAAUUAUGUCCCUAGGCAUCCUCAAAGCUUUUGAUUGCUUAGAGUGGAAAUACCGUAUAUACUGGCGUAUAAGACGACUUCCUGACCCAUGAAAAUCGUCUCAAAAGUUGGGGGGCCGUCUUAAACGCCGGGUACUAGAAUCAGCAGUCUCCGCAUAUGGUGGGGGGAGCUCAAAAACGGCCGUGGGGCAUGGCACAGUUUCCCUAAAGGAGUCCCUGAAGAAGCGCGUGCUCGGGAGAGGGCUGCUCUACGCACGGGCGAACGGCUCCCUCAUGGCUUUGACUGGAUUAGCGCCUCUUCAUCGGCACACAGGGGUGCCUGAAGUGAGGACGAUAGCCCGCUCAGCCCAGCCCAGCCGUCCGACAAACAAAAGGGAACAAAAGGGGGGGAGGGAGCAAAAGGGAAAGCUUUCUUGCACUGUCGGCUCCUGCUUUAGAGAGGGAGAGGGAGCUGAGCUGGGUGUGCUCGGCUUGCUAGGGGUUAAAAGGAACUGAGCAGGAGUCCUAGAGAAGAUAGCCCGCUCAGCCCAGCCACCCGAAGCCACUUGCAGGAACAAAAGGGAAGGCUUUCCUGCAAGGAAAAUGCUGUUGCCUCUCUCCUCUGCAAGUGCUGCCUUCUGGGUGGGUGGAAGGUGCUCUUGCUUUAGAGAGGAAGAGGGGGCUGAGCUGGGUGCGUUCGGCUUGCCCAGCCACCCAGGAAGGCUUUCCUGCAAGGAGAAGGCUCUUGUCUCUCUGCUCUGCUACCUUCUGGGUGGGUGGAAGGAGCACCGAAACGGGGGGGGGGGAAGCGGUGGUGAAAGGGCAGCUCUCCCAGGAAAGGAUGUGGAGAAAAGGCCAUCAAGUUUCAAUGAAACCCAGUUCUCCCCACAGAAGCAUAGGAAGUUGCCUUAUAGACCACGAUAUGUCAUUGAUAUACUUAUGACAUAAGAUGAUGAACAGGAGGAUUUUGAAGGCUUUUAAAGGGAAACUGUCGAAUUAAAAUUACCAUAUUGGAAUCAAAUCUGGUGUUUCUUUAAUUUUUAUUUGGUGUGCGGUGCGGUGGAAGAGGGGUAGUCUUACACGGCGAAUAUAUACCAAACUGUAUAUUUUAACUGGAAAAGUUGGGGGGUCGUCUUAUACGCCCAGUCGUCUUAAACGCCGGAAUAUACGGGACCUAUUAGCAGUAUUAACCAGCAUGAACUUUGGCCCCAAUUUCCUACAAAUCCUCAAACGAAUAUAUUCCCAAGCCUCAGAAAAAUGCAGAAUUAACAAUAUGGACUCAAAUACCAUAGCAAUCCAAAGAGGCACAAAACAAGGAUGCCCACUAUCUCCCUUCCUAUUUAUUUUGGCUCUAGAGCCCCUAGCAAUCCGAAUCGGAGCAUCCACAGACCUCAAGGGAGUGGAAAUAAAAGGCAGGACAUAUAAAUUAGGGCUCUUUGCAGAUGACGUAAUGGUCACAACAUCAGACCCCUUGAACACAGCAAUCUCCCUGACCAGAGAACUCGACACAUUUGCAACGGUGUCAGGCCUACAAGUAAACUUUGGAAAAUCCGAAGCUAUGUGCUUCAACACCCCUCCUCACCCCCGAAAAGAACUUACUAAUAUCACCAAGAUAAAACUUUGUCACACCAAGUUCAGAUACCAUGGGGUACAAAUAACCAAAAACCUCCACAAUAUACCUUCAUAAUUACAAGCCCCUGUGGCGGCAAAUAAACAAAGACCUAAAGAGAUGGAACAAAACGAAUUUCACUCUCUCGGACAAAAUGGCCAUGAUCAAAAGGGUCACCCUCCCAAAACUAACCUACCUAUUCCAAACCCUCCCAAUCUGGAUCCCCCCAACCCAACUUCGCAGAUGGCAGGGAAAAUUACACGCUUUUAUCUUCUCACAUAAAAAACCAAGAAUAAGCGCCAAAUACCUUCACCUCCCCACCUCAGCAGGAGGAUGGGGAGUCCCCAGCAUAGAUACAUAUUGCAGAGCCAACCAAACACGCCAUAUAAUCCCAUACAUACUAGAAGACGAGGCAAAACAAUGGAUACACCUGGAGAGGGACUCAAUCGAAAAUACCUGUACCACAGCAUACCCAUUCCUCCCGAACAAACUAAGGAAAAUUCCCAUAACAGUAGGUACACACAAACCAUGCUCAAAGCAUGGAAAGCAGAAACAGGCAAACUAUCCCCAACCCCAUCCCCACUAACCCCCCUGGCUUACCACCCAUUAUUCCACCAUGCAGCACAAAACCUCCAGAUAAAAACCUGGCAAACAAAGGCUUAUAUCGCCUAGCAGACUGGAAGCCUGGAAGCAAAGGCCUGGAAACAAUGCCUUAUGAGGAACGGCUUAGGGAGCUGGGUAUGUUUAGCCUGGAGAAGAGAAGGUUAAGGGGUGAUAUGAUAGCCAUGUUCAAAUAUAUAAAAGGAUAUCAUAUAGAGGAGGGAGAAAGGUUGUUUUCUGCUGCUCCAGAGAAGCGGACACGGAGCAAUGGAUUCAAGCUACAAGAAAGAAGAUUCCACCUAAACAUUAGGAAGAACUUCCUGACAGUAAGAGCUGUUCGACAGUGGAAUUUGCUACCAAGGAGUGUGGUGGAGUCUCCUUCUUUGGAGGUCUUUAAGCAGAGGCUUGACAUACAUAUGUCAAGAAUGCUUUGAUGGUGUUUCCUGCUUUGCAGGGGGUUGGACUGGAUGGCCCUUGUGGUCUCUUCCAACCCUAUGAUUCUAUGAUCCUAUGACUUUUAUAAAAAUAACAAACCUCUGUCAACACAGGAAAUCCAGGAUAAACUAGAAACCACCCAAAUACCCUGGUUAGCACAACACCAACUACAUGCCCUCUUAAACAAUCCAGCAGUAAAAUCAGCAGCAACUAGGCCCCUGACAACCUUUGAAAACCUCCUCCUAAUGACAAAGGGACACGGCAAAGGGAUGGUAUCUGCAAUAUAUAAAAUACUGCUCCAAAAUCCCACGAGUCUCCUAGACACAAUCAAAAGACAAUGGGAAGACGACAUAGGUUACGAGAUUAAUCCCACUCAAUGGACCAGAAUGUGGUCUAAACCCCCCUUUAAAUCCAUAUCAACAAAAAGGAAAGACCUCAGUCUGAAACUCACCUACAGGUGGUACCUAACACCAAGAAAACUAGCGCUAAUAUGCCCAGGAACCUCACCAAAAUGCUGGAGAGGGUGCACCUUAACAGGCACAUGUUUCCACAUGUGGUGGGAGUGCCCCAAAAUCCAACUAUUCUGGACAACAACCAUACGGGAAAUAAGUAAAAUAACCAAGCAAACAUCAGAAAUGACCCCAGAAUUGGCCUUGCUAAACAUCUUCCAAGACAAUAAUGCCCAAGUACACUACAAAGAACUCAUGACCCACUUGCUCUCAGCAGUCAGAACACCAUAACCAGACACUGGAAAGACCUGUCAGGAGUAAGCAUGGACCAAUGGUACCAAAUAGUAUGGGAAACAGCCCUACUAGAAAAACUAACCAAUAAGCUGAAACUGACACGGGGACAAAUAGAAGACGACGACUUCACCCCGGUAUGGCUCCCCUUUAUCACAUACGCAGCCCAACAAGACAAUGACAAAAAUCCACCAACAGCAUACAAAUCAAUAUGGCUAACCUGAUCCAAAACACCCACCCACCCCACUCACACAUGAAACAAAGACCACUACAGCCAACCACAAAUGAACAACCAUACCCUAGGCCAACCCCAACCUCUCUCACCACCAAAGGAACACAAGGGAACAACAGAGAACCUGCGCAAGCGACGCUGACAACCCCCCCCCCAAUAUAUUAAGUAAAAUAAAAAACAUCGUCACCUGACCCCCCUAUCUCCUUCUAUCCCCCUCUUUCUUCCCUAUGUCUCAACAAAUGAAACUGAUUUGUAAAAAUGUUACGAGAGGCAUUGCAUAUAUUUCUGUAAAUCAAGAAAACCUUUAAUAAAAAAAGAGAAAAGAAAUACAUAGACCGGUAAUUAUGAAAUUAUGGUGAGGUUUAAUAAGUUAACUGUUUAUAUUUGGACAACUUUUCUGCUGUACUUUAUUGGAAGGAGAAAAAUAACCAUUUCUUUAAUAACAAUUUAAACAAUUUAUUUAACUAAAACAAUGACGUCAUAGCAUAUGUAUCCAUGUUUUUUAACUGAUGCAGUUAAACAAUUUUAAAAAAAAUAAAACUUAGACUGAGUUUCAGCACGCAUGGAAAACUUAAAACAAAUCCUUAUUUCCUGACGAAUAGCCUUUGACUAUAAUGUAACUUAAAUAGAAAAUCUUUAGAAAGAUUCACUCCCCCCCCAAAAAAGCAUUUUAUUUUAAAAAUCUGAUUUAAAUCAA